AUGUCGUACUACAACGAUCAACCUGAGGGUUCUUACGGCCGUGAUCCCUACAACCAGUCUCCAUCAUACGGAGGUCCUCCUCAAGUGCCUCAUCCAUGGGUCGCCGAGUGGGACGAGCGUGACCGCCGCUGGUUCUUCGUCAACCGUGAGACCGGAGACCGUACCUUCCAGCACCCUCAGCAGUCCUAUGGCGGGGGCGGUUACGAUGAGAGGGGCUUUGGAGGUGGCUAUGGAGGGGGUUAUGGAGGUCAGGAGGAGAGAAGAUACGACGAGCAAGAACCUCAGAAGAAAUCUCACACUGGCCGCAAUGUUGCUCUCGGUGCAGCCGCAGGUCUCCUUGGAGGUGCGCUCUUGAUGCACGAAGGAGAGAAAGUCGAGAACAAAUGGGACGACGCCAAGUAUGAUGUCGAGAACGAUGUGCGUGACGGGGUGCAAGACGUGGAGAACUUUCCAGAGGACGCAGCACGCUGGACUGGAGACAAGGUUCAAGAAGUCGAGGACAUCCCACAAGAUAUCGAUCGCAAAUGGGAUAAUGCCGUGCAGGACGUCGAAGAUGUGCCCGACGACGUUGCUGGCUGGGCUGGUCGAAAGGUUGGGGACGUUGAGCGAUUUGAUGACAACAUCGACAACGCCUACGAUCAAGGCCGCGAUGAGGCCCGAUACAACGACUACUAG